AUGUCUGUGGGCAUCCCGGAUGAGAUUCUGCAGAUGUACACUUGGCAGAUGUUCUCUGGGCUCGCCUAUUUGCACUACCAUUACAUUGCGCACAGGGACAUCAAAUGUGAGAACUACAUGAGGACGUCGAAUCAUGAAGAAGCUCCCGUAAAGCUCAUUGACCUUGGCAUCGCUGGGAACCUGCAAAAGACCUCAGAUGGCUAUCUCACAGACGUGGUGGGCACGAUCAGCACCAUGGCGCCCGAGGUGUUUACCAAGCGUUACCGAGAGUCUUGUGACAUUUGGAGUUUAGGCAUUACGCUCUACAUUUGCUCUAUUUGCUACGAGCCCUGGGUGGCUCCGUGUGGCACUCGCUACAUGGAGGAAGAUGAAAUUGCUCGAGCCUUAAAGGAUCCCAACCUGGAGAUCCCCUUCACUGACAAGAGGUGGAAUUUCCGAAGCGAGGCGAACAGGCAGUUGGUCGAGUCGCUUUGUAAGACCAAUCCAAAGGAGCGACCCAGAGCGCGCGAUGUCUUGACCAGCAAUGCAUACGUACGAAACUACCCGAUGGCCACCCUGCCGGACAUGUUGGAUGACUUGGAUUCGGCCUUCCAAUGGAUCCAGACCAACCUGUCCUCCUACGGCGGGGAUUUGACGAACUGCGCCUUGGUGGGCCAAUCCGCUGGCGCUCAACUGGCCUCAGCGUUGCUGUUGCGGCAGUGCCGGCGAGCGGAAGAGGACCUGGAAGGCGCAAAGCUGCCAUGGUCUGCCUCCAUGUUCAAGGUCUUUUUGGGCGUCUCUGGCGUUUACGACCUCCCCAUGGAGGCAGAACACAUGGAAUCGAUCGGGUUUGUCCCGUUCCUCACGCAACUGGAGGCGGAUGGCGAUAUCGCAUCCUUCUCUCCCAGCUUGAUGGUUCAGGAAGGGGCUUAUGCUCGUGCGGCUGGCCGACACCUGCCAACGGUGCAUCUUUUCCAUGGCGAGGCUGACACGAGCGUGCCUGUAGAUAUGACGACCAACUUCGCGAAAGCCUUGAGGAAGGCGAACGUGGACGUGAAGGUCCACUUGCAAAAGGAUGCUACACAUUCGGAGCCGGUGGUUGAAGGACCUCUCAACGGUGAAGACGUUCAGGCUCAGCUGUUACUGCCCUACCUGGACCGGUCUCCAGUGGCACUGCCGGCCGCGCGGCGCUACCUGCCGCGGCCGGUCUUGGCCAUGGCUAAGCGCGUGAUGCCGUUCUGA